AUGAGAUUUAAAAAUCUUCUCCUUGUCCCCAACCCCUACCUCCUCUUUCAAACAUCGAUCUCAACGCUUUUCUUUUACUCUGUGCUUUCUAAUGUGCCUGACUGCCAAGAAUUACCGCAUUCCGACUUCCUUGAGGCUCAGUAUUUGGAUCGGGCAUGUAGACAUCGGAGUAUGUGGCUGAAGGAACGGGGCGACUCCAAUGGUGACAUAAACGGGAAAUUGACUGGUAAGAGAUUCAACGACAAGUUCAUCGUCUAUUCGUAUCUUCUAGUUUUGCUUGAAAUUCAUUUUCAGACAAUCAGCUAAAAUAUUUCCGUCAGUUGCAACGAGAUCCAGCGUUGGAUCAAGAGAAGCGCCAGCAACUAGCGAGGUUGGCCUCGAAGACUCAUGUAAGUCGUUGUAGCGGCCACUUCAAAGUCCUUCGCAUGCCCAUUCAAGUUCUUAUCAAAUUUUCAGGCCAUGCCCGCAGCUUUCCGUCGACGAGAAGCCCGUCGGGUCCCAUUCAACCGAGGGACAAAAUCAAUACGAAAGGAGAUUCGGAUGCUCUCGGAUCAGGAGAAAACCGAUCUUUUCCGAGCGAUGAAUCAGCUGAAACACAAGUAUAUUGACAACACGUCUAUCUGGGAUCUGCACACGCUGGUUCACUAUCCAGAUAGUGCUCCUGGAGCACACUGGGGACCAGCCUUUCUUCCGUGGCAUCGCGAAUUUCUCCGGCAAUUCGAGCAGGCGCUGAGGGAGCAAGUUCCCGGGGUCUCGCUGCCAUUUUGGGACUCAACUUUGGACGAAGGUAUUUUUUGAUUUAUCAACUUUUCAAUGUUAACAAAUUUAGGUCUCCCCGAUCCAAGCGACAGUAUUUUAUGGACGGAGGAGUUGCUUGGCAAUGGGAACGGCUAUGUGAAAACGGGCCCAUUCAAAGACUGGGAUACCAAUGUCUUAAUGCCGUUGUCUCCAGUGCCCGUCAAAAAGUUGUACAGGUAAAUUUCUGGCUCUCUGAUUUAUGAGAUCUUGACUCUAGAUCGACCGGAGGACGUCCGCAAGACCGACUGCUGAGUCCGAAUGACGUUGAUUGGAUAACAAGUCGAAGGAACUAUUCGGAUCUCACUUUUUGCCAUGACAAAACGUUUGAAUCCAUGCAUGGACUGUCGCAUGUCUGGGUCGGAGGAUUCAUGUUUGUCAUCAGGGUCUCACCCAACGACCCCGCCUUCUACAUGCACCAUUCUUUUGUGGACAACAUGUGGGAGCAGAUGCGACAGAAUCAUCAAACACGCACUCAAAGAGAGCAUGAAUGGGCUAAAGUAAGGGAAAUUUCAUCAAUAUGUUUAUCUUCUGCCCCCUCAUGUUUUACCACGAAUUUUAUUUUUAGAAAAUCUGCGACUCCAAACACUCGUAUACCGGGCAAAUGAAGCCAUUCAGUUUGCAGAACAAGGACGGUCUUUCCAACGACUACACCGACUUCUGGUACGAAUAUCAACCAACUAGGCAUUGCACAAGAGAGCAGCCUUAUUGCGACAGUAAAUACUACUUUUGUGAUGAGAGUUCGUGGAAAUGCCGGUCGAAGGUUCAGCUGGGAGGGAAUUGCACGGGAUUUGCGGGGACUGGAAUCUGUUUCAACUCGGUCUGCAUACAAGUAAGGGGCAAAAAACGAAAUUUUCAGUCAGAAAGUUGAAUAAGAUUAAGCAAUAUUUGCCUUCAGAAUACCUGUCGCCUCCCCGCAACCGAUGGCAACGGUUUUGAGCGACGAGAGCGCCGUCCCAGCGGAGUUGUGUGGGCCAAAACGCUGAUGUUGACUGAUGGCGAUGAGCCAUUAGUGUCGCCAAUAGCGCAUAUCACAUUGCUUGAUGAGUCGGGUGGAACAGAGACGACGGUCUUCCAAGAGCGAGCUCUGCAGUAUCCGGAGAUGCCCGGGAUAAUGUAUCUCCCACUGCCGCAUCCGAGAGAGGGUGUCGCGUACAACGUGUCGUUGGACGCUCGAGACCAUUAUGGUCGUUAUUGUCAGAGUUAUUGCUACAAUGCGACAAUUGACAAGCAUCAGGUAGAGAGUCUUCUGAUUUACCUUAACUUAAGUUUUUUUCAGGUCUGCCAACCGAAGCUUACUAUUAAAAAUCGCUUCGAAAAGGAUGCCUCGAAUAUCUCCUAUACACACUCGUUCAAUUCUCGGAGGUUCUUGGACCUGGAUUUGAGCGUCCAUCCCGCUGAAUGGAAGAUUGCUCCACCAUAUAUGGUAUUCGCGUGCCAUCGAAAGGUCCCAAAUGCUGACACCAUCAAAGCCUUGGCUGAUAGCGUGAAACCACCGCCAGAGACGACGGAAUAUGUGUGGUUCAGGGUGAAUGUCCUGAAGAAGAGCGGAGGAAGCAUCAAUUUGGACGACGCUGAGGUAAACCAACCCCUAUUUUGCUGAACCGACCUUGUCUCGGCGCUGAUUUUAAUGUGUAAUUUUUUCAGAUCGAGGUUCAGGACAUGGAUGAUCCAUCGGACGUGUGGAUCUCCUCGAUUCGACGGGCUCGAUCCGCCUACGACCAAAGCGUAAUGUUCGUGAGGGCGCGGAAUCCGAUGAUCUUCCGAAAGGGCGUCUCUGUACAAAUCUCGAUACGAAGUGAAAACAAGAGGGUCAUGUGUGAGGCCAAGUGCAAUGUGGUGAGUGUGUUUGUAUUGAAGCGAUCAUCUACAUUUUUUUUGAUGCUUUUGCUUGUAGCAUCUUACAAGAGUUCAAAUAAUAAGUUUUGAAAUAUUAUCAGUCUGUCGGGAAAAUAAUGAGCACAACGUCGCUGCAGUCGCGUCGCUGAAGUGAAAAGCAAUUUAAUUUUGCCGCAACACGAUUUUUCUCAGCGGCGAUGCGAUUUUUUACUCAACAGAGUGCUCAUUAUUUUCCCGACAAAGCUAGACGGGCCAAAAAAUUUUGACAUAUCUGCACAGUGCGCCGUAGUGCCAAAAAGUUUGUCGCACGGCGACGCGCGAAAUUCACGGUACGCUGCGACCCUGCACAGUGCAAAAAGAUUGUUUUGAAAAGGGUAAAGAACGCACAGUGCGCUCUUCAUUCGCACGCGCCAAAAAGUCUUGACAUGUUUUUGCACAGUGCGGGCGCAUGAAUUAGGCGUUGCGACAAGGUGUUGCGCGAUAAAAAUUUGGCAGGGUGCGAACGAACCGCGCACUGUGCGUUGUUUACCCUUUUCAAAACAAUCUUUUUUGCACUGUGCGGUGUCGCACUGCACCGUAAAUUUUUCUUGUCGCCGCGCGACAAAUUUCAUGACGACGGCGCACUGUGCAAACAUAUCGCGACUUUUUGGCCCGCCGAAUACGGCUUUCAUGAAGUCAUCACGCGUAAUUCACCUUUCUAGGGAGCCGAGCGUCAGAUUGACAACUGCCCAUCCACCGUCUUCCUGCACGAGCGUCCCAACAAGUCGGAGGAGAAGGUGUUCGCCGCCGACCCCACCUUCCUUCAGCUGCUGGGAUGGAAAAUGGCCGGGCAUCCGGCGGAUUGGUCCCUCCGGAUGGCCUAUUUAUCAUUUUAUUGUUAA